AUUUGUGUUGUUCUUUUACAUCUCUUUCGCUUGCCCCAACUGCCAAACAAAUUAAUGUCAACGAGUACUUUUUUCCAUUCACAAUAAUUUAUUAUUGUGACGCUUCUUUUGCGCAAAUGUCAUUUUUCAUCUACAAGUGCACUAAAUGGGAGAAAAUCCUUGUUCUAGUUAUUUAUGGUAAGAAAAUCAUAUUUUAUUUUCCUGAGCUUUUUGAAGUCCACAUCGUAAUUUCUCGGCUUCGUUAACGUACAUAUGUACAUAUACGAGAAUAUAUAGAUACUAAUUUUGCGUGCGCUCAACAAAUGUUACCCUUAACGCGUCGUUUACAUAGUGCCAAUUGUGAAAAUAUAUUUGUGGUAUUUGUCUUUUUUCAAAUGAGUUUGGUUUAAAGUGAUAUAAAAUUAAGAAAAUAAGGAACUAAUUGUGUGAGUACAAUGAAUACAAACUAUAUAACCCGUGCACUGUGCUUUCAUGGUCAACCCAUGCAAAAGAUAUGGGAUGAUGAACGAGGAGCCGGUAACGUUCAGCAAUGCGGUGUGGCCGCCCAACCAGACUACUCCAUCUAUCAAGAACGUCAAAAAUACUUUACGUUUCAAGAUCGUGCUAAGCGACUAAAAAUGCAUCAAUUUUUUGCACGCAAGGCACUUGAUUUGUACGAUUCGGACCUUCAAAGUAGCAAAGUGGAUCCAAAUAAUAUCCUUGAAAACGAACCAUACAUAGCCUCACUACCACCCUAUGAGCUAUUUGUAAAUAAAAAUAAAGAUAAGCAAAAGCGUUUCCGAUGUGUAUUGGAAAUUAUAAAGCCUGGCGAUAUUAUAUAUUGCAUGGUAACAAAGCCAACAUCGGGUAUGGUGAAACCCUUAUGCUUGGGAGAACCGAUGGUGCGCUAUCUUAGCGAUAUACCUAUCAAGGCCUACCUCAUGAAAGCUGGUUUGGAUAGCAAUGGAAAACCCCGUGCUUUAAAUAAAAACGAUCUAGUACGGUGUGAAGUAUUAGAAAUAUCUGUCGAUGCUGAAAGAGUUUAUUUGAGUUUGGAAAGCAUGCACGAAAAGAAUAAAGAUAUCGCCCUAGGCAUUAUCACAGAAACUGAAUUGCCGAAAUUCUAUCGCCAAAUUGAUGAAAAUAAGUUGGAAACAUUUGAAGAGUACAUGUGCAAAUCCAAGGAAUUUUUAAAUCCUAACUACGACAUGCUUUAUGAAAUCAAUGGCUUAAAUGUAAACGAAACUUAUACUUUUAUGUCAUCGUUAAAGAGCCCGUUUGCACGCGAUGAAUACGCCAAGGAACUUCGACGCACUCAAGCUAGCAAAUGGGCUUUCCGCUCGGUUGCCGAGGGAAUUGAACAUUUUAAAAAUGGAAAUCAUGUGGAAGCUUUCCAGUGUCUCAACAAAGCCUUAACCAUUGAUCCCAGAAAUGUUGAAGGUCUGGUUGCUCGUGGUGCACUUUACGCAAACAAAGGUUCAUUUCUCAAAGCAGUGGAUGAUUUCGAUAAAGCUCUUAAACUCAAUGCUUACCAUGUGAAUGCACGUAAAUAUAUGGGAGAAACAUUGGUAGCGCUGGGACGCCGAUAUGAGGAUGAAAAUAAAAUCAAGGAGGCAACAAAAGCAUACCAGGAUUGCUUAAAUAUAAUACCGAACCAUGAGCAAGCACGUUUAUCGCUUGAGGCAAUACAGCAACGUUCCGGUGCUCAAUAUUUCGAGAAUGCAAUAUGUGUGCCAGGUGAAGAAGAGGAAAUAGAGAAGGAAAAAAUCUCAAUACGUGAAUCAUCAAGUGAUGAGGGAUCAACAAGCAGCAGCGAUAGUGGUUCCGAAACUGAACAUUCGGAUAAGGAUGAUAAUGGAAGAGAGGCAUCUCUUUCACCGCUUAGCAAACGCAUGGCUUUGCAUGUUGCCAGCCUACAAAAGGAGGAGGAAUCGAAGAAAAAGCUAAACCAGCCAUUUUAUAUGACUGCAUAUAACGUGCCGCCUGAUCCUGUUAUGCCUCCAGCACCAGACAUUAAUGAAUUUCGGCUGGAUGAUGAUGAUACGGGCUCACGUGUGCGCAAAUUAUUGCAAGAGGCAUCAAAGCACAAAAAGGAAAAAAAGAAAUCAAAAAAGAAAAAGAGCAAAAAAUCUAAAAAAGUUAAUCGCAAGGAAAAAAAUUCCGUCGAUUUAUUGAACAAUAUUAAUUUUCAAGAAGCAUACAAAGCGAUUAGCAGCAUGAAUAUUGAGAACAAGCUUACCGAAAAUUUAGAAAAGUAUGAAAAAAGUAUCGCAAGUAUUAAGAAACGGCAACAGGAAUUGGUGCAGUCUAUAGAAGCUGGGAUGACAAGAUGCGACCGUUCGGAUAGUCCUCCACCACGUGCACCAUCAAUGCGAAUGGCAAAUCAUCCUUCAUCCAGUUAUGGCGCAUCAUCAUCCUUGUACUCUGUUUACCCAAGCACAUCAGCAGCUGCUUCCACUGCUUCUUCGACGACUUUAAACGAACCUACAAAACUUUCAUUUCAAAUCAAACGUCCUGUUAAGGUGGACAAAUUCGGUUUGUUACGUGUUGCUACACCUUUGGCACAAAAAAGUCCCACACCCCGUUCCCAUUCACGUACUCCAUCAUGUGAACGCUAUCGUCGUAGCCGUAGCCGCGGUCACAGUUAUAGCCGUCGUCGUUCUAAUUCUCGUGACCGAGGUAGUCGCCGCCGUUCACGUGAUGUCCGUAGCCGUCAUCGUUCACGUUCCAUUUCUUAUGGAGGACGUCGCCGUGGUUCUCGUAGCAGACGCUCAUCACAUUCUAGGUCACCAUACCAACGCUCGCGUUCACGACCUUCACGUCAUAGUCGCUCUCGAUCGCGGUCACGUACAGGACGCAAUCGUCGCGAUUCACCUUUUCAUAGGCGUGAGACUAGUCGACAAGGUAGCAGAGAUAGAAGACCUUCACCAUCACGACGGCGCUCAAAUUCACCUAAGUUUGGUAAAUCAAGCUCAAAACGUGGAGGCAGAGGUGCAAGCCGCGGCGCUGCUUUUGGAAAUCGUGUUUGGCGUCGCGAGGAUGCAACAAAAUUUAGUCAGGAUUCGAAUGGCCGUUGGCGUCAUGACAAAUUCGAGGAAUUAAAUGAGGCAAUUAAAACCGAUGAUGGGCCAUCAAUUGAGGAAAUCGAUGAAAUCAUCAACAGAGCGCAAAAGGAGCGUAAACAAGAAAUCAUACAACGCGAUAAGGACAUAUUAAAGAAACCAACAGCCGGACUGUUUUAAGCUCUUAAAAAUAUAUAUGUAUACUAUAUGCAUUCUAAUAAUAUUUGGAAGAAUUUAUAUAUAAAAUCGCUUAUAUAUGUAUGCACAUAUGUACAUAUGAAUAUGCAUAUAGUCACUGAUUCAUGUCAUACCAUUAUCAUCUGUCAUACGGAAA